AAAGCUUUUGUGGAGUGGAACCGAACCAAGAGGCAAAAGGCGCACAAACGAGCUAGUUGAGACAUUUCAUCAAACACCUUAACUGCAAAGUGAGCGACAGAGAAACAGAAGAGAGUAAAAUGGAGGAGUCAAAGGGAGUGGUGAAGCAUGUAUUGCUAGCAAAGUUCAAAGAUGACGUCUCUCCUGAAAAGAUCGACGAGCUCAUCAAUGGCUAUGCUAACCUCGUCAAUCACAUUGAACCCAUGAAAGCCUUCCAGUGGGGAAAGGAUGUGAGCAUCGAGAACCUGCAUCAGGGUUUCACUCAUAUAUUUGAGUCUUCAUUUGAUAGCACUGAAGGCGUUGCAGAGUAUGUUUCACACCCAAAGCAUGUUGAAUUUGGAAACCUCUUCCUGGGUCACUUGGAUAAAGUACUUGUUAUUGACUACAAACCUACUUCUCUUCGUUGUUGAAAGCAACUGAAGAAUAGGGAAACUACUUUGUAUUUGUGUUGUUUUGGCGAAAAUAAAUCUCACAUAUUUGUAUAUGCUUUGUGACUUUGAGAUUUCGGAUGUAAUUUGAGUACAGUUUUUAAAAAAUUUGGUCGUUGCUGUUAUCA